AAAAAUUUAGUUUCGAGCUUUGCAUUGAAAGUUGAAGUCAAAACUUUGGAACUUUGAAAGGUUAAAUUGUUCGACGUUUAUAAAUUAAAGUUCUUAUUCCUGUAUAUUAUAACUAACCGCUUUCAAUAUGGCAAAAGCACAUAUUAUCAAAUUCGCAGUUGAUACUGCUGGACGUAUGAGAGAUAGCAUACCAACUAUAUUGAAGUACGCUAAAGCUGAAUUGGGACCACCCAAGGUAUCAGAAUUGAAGGAAGUCGCUCCUGCAAUCAAACAUGUACUUUGCCAAUUCAAAUCAGGAGGAUACAAGAAUUUGACAGUAAAGGAAGCUUGGUUAAAUACAUUAGUGGCUGCAGAAAUCGCUGGGUGGUUUUUCGUUGGAGAAAUAAUUGGAAGACGUCAACUUGUCGGAUACCCUCUUAAAUUGUAAAUAGUUAACGGUUCGGUUCUUUUUUUAUUAUUUCGUUUAGUAAACGUGUAAGGGAUUCAUAUACACCUAUGUACCGGCAAGAAUUUUUUCCAUUAGAUCGAUGAUAACGUCCGUGUAAGAAUAUUAUGUUGUUUAUAAUUUAAAAUAAUAUGUUUGAAUAAAUGUCGUUGCUUAAAAUGUAA